UUUUGGUUGUGGCGGAGGUAAUGAUGUUCUUCAAUCAUUGGCUGCCAUUGACACCGAGAUUCGCUGCCAGCCCGAAAUGGAUUGGACGUCCUUCUUUGUAAUUGGCAGCUAACGAGCAAAUACAUACAUACCUUUUUUCGUUUGUUUUAACUACAAAUGUUGAGUUUAAUAACGCUACAAGCUGAGCGGUGAAGGAACAUGGGGCGUGGUAACACGUGACGGUGACGUCAUGUUUUUCUGUGUGUCAACCCGAGUAGCAAACAAACGGUGCCACCGAAAAGACAGGUUUUCAAACGCGUCCAUUUGUUCUUCCUGAAAGUGUCACCCCUGUAUGGGUGCCAUGGUCUUCAGUAACACAUGAGCUCUACUAUGUGGUACAUCAUGCAAAGCAUUCAAAGUAAAUACUCCUUGUCCGAGCGGCUCAUCCGCACCAUCGCCGCCAUUCGCUCAUUCCCGCAUGACAACGUGGAAGAUCUCAUUCGCAAGGGUGCUGAUGUGAACCGCAUGCACGGCACGCUGAAGCCCCUGCACUGUGCCUGCAUGGUUGCUGAUGCUGAAUGUGUGGAGCUGCUGUUGGAGAAGGGGGCAGAGGUGAACGCUUUGGAUGGCUAUAACCGCACGGCACUCCACUACGCGGCAGAGAAGGACGAGAGCUGCGUGGAGCUGCUCCUGGAGUACGGGGCUCAGCCCAACGCUCUGGACGGUAACAAGGACACCCCGCUCCACUGGGCAGCCUUCAAAGACAACCCAGAGUGUGUGAGAGCACUGCUCGACAGCGGGGCUUGUCCUAACGCCCGCGACUACAACAGUGACACGCCGCUCAGCUGGGCGGCCAUGAAGGGCAACCUGGAAAGCGUCAAAGUGCUUUUGGACUACGGCGCGCGGGUGCACGUGACCAACCUGAAGGGCCAGACGCCCAUCUCGCGACUGGUGGCCCUCUUGGCGCGCGGCCUGGGCACCGAGCAGGAGGAGGAGUGCCUGGAACUGUUGUGCCGAGCGGCCGGGCGCUUAGAGAUCCGCCGGGCCGACGGCACGCUUCCUAAGGAGCUGAGUAAGGAUCCACAGCUACUUGCCAGGCUGACCGGCAUGGCGGCCCAAGCGCCCACGCUGCGCUCUCUAGCGCGCUGCUCCAUCAGGUGGAGUCUGGGCGUGCGCUUCCUGCCGGCGGCGGUCAAAGAGCUUCCUUUACCAGAGACCAUCAAGGAAUAUGUACUCCUCAGAGACUAAGACAAUGUCUGGUUACAGUGGCGGCGUUUGUGUAAUCGCUUUAAAUAAACAUGACAGCCUCUCGUGCCCCUUUUCGCACUGCCCUGUACUAAAUGGUGCCUGUCGAAAACCACAGGAGGCGUCAGUCUGAUCGCUCUCGUCUCACGAUAUAGCUGUAAUCAGUAUAUCAGAAGUGUAAAGAACUUAAAUUUCCUAAUAUAAUAAAGUCGAUAUGUCAGAUAAGGAUAAUAAAAUUGGACUUCCAUAGAACAUAUAAUCCUCUGUUGCUAUUAACAGUGGAGGAGACUGUUAUUUUCUUGUUUAACCCUUCCAAUUUGUGCAGAUAUAAUAUCAACAUGCCGUGCUUGGACGCCAUACAGUUAGGUAACCCGAUACUUGGUAAGCACAGUGGAAAAGGGGUAUGACACAGGCAUUUGACAUGUCAAGUCGCUUUCAAUGGAGUGUUGUCACAAGCAGAACAGUUAAAUGUGUUAUAAUAAUGGCACACUAAUGUACCGCUGCACCAUUAAGUACAUUCAUAAAAUAGUUCACGUAAGCACCGCUAGAGUUCUGAGCACUUAAAGAGAAUAAGGAGAGUGUUUCAUGAUGUGCCAUGGAUCUGUCACUGUCUUUUACACUACUGUGGUAAGAAACAAAUGUUGGGAACAGUUGUGUUUUUUCUCUCCAAGUUUUGUCAAUUGGAAUGGGCACAAGUCUAACAUGACACCUUGCCUGCUGUUCUGUGUGCUAUUCAAUGUCAAGCAAAGUUGUCAUAGAAUGAGUGGUUUUGUUAAACACUGUUGGCUAUAUCUCCGGUGUUUUUGUUGUUUUUUUUAAUUAUUUUUAUUUAAGACUUUGUUUUUGUUUAACUGUUAACAAGACAAGAAAUUUAAGUUACUGAUAUUUUUAAGAUUCACACAAUAUGCUUUGGUAUAUGUAUCCAAGUUGAAAAUGGAUGAUUUUGUGUUGUGGUGCUGCAGAUGUAUAAUCCUGUUAAACUCGCAUCUUGUUUACGCCUGCAAAA